AUGAGCCGAUCAACACAGCCAAGAGUCACCCGUGGGUCGUUCGAAAAUGUUCCACUGCUCGGGUCGAAUGCUGGGGCUUCAAUGGCGGUCGAAGGUGGCGGCGAGUCGCCGGGAAGUUGCAGCAUAAAUAUUUACAUAAACAAUGAUUUCCAGGGUAUCAAUAACUCUAUUUUGGUUGGUAGUGAUGUGAAAAUGGGGGAUCCUGGAGUUAGGCUUUGUUUGGAGGGGCUGCAAUUAGACAGAGCGUUUCAUAUGGUGAGAAGGAAUAAGAGUUGGGAUUAUUGGGUGGUUUUGGUUGGGUUUGUGGUGAUGGUAAUCUCAUUUUCUGCUUAUUUGUUGGUGUGA